AACCUGCCCAGCGUUUUCGCCAUCAAACAUAAAGUCAGCCUCAACUAGAUGCUCUAGCCAGGCCAGGACUUUCAAAAUAAAAGGCUCUUCCUGCCCCUAUGGCUACAUUUUGGAAAGAGACCCGUUUGAUCGCAAUGUAGCAAGAAAACGGAUAUCUAAAUGACAUAUUUAAAUGCACUCAAGUGUCCCUGCACCUUUCCCUGAUUUUCGAAACUCAUGUUAUAGUAUUGCGCUCCGGGUUAAAAGUUUAUUUUGAUGCCACAACUGCUGUUUUGUGUUGCACCUCGGUGUGCUUGACGACGUCACUGGGGCCCUUGUGCUGACUGACUGACUGCAUGCAUGCGGCAGGGCAGACUGGGCAGGGCAGGCACCCUUUUGUGUGCUCAUGCUAAGACAAGCCAAGAGCGGAGAAGAGCGGAGAAGAGCGGAGAAGAGCAGAGAAGAGCAGAGAAGAGCAGAGAAGAGCAGAGAAGAGAAGAGAAGAGAAGAGAAGAGAAGAGAAGAGAAGAGAAGAGAAGAGAAGAGAAGAGAAGAGAAGAGAAGAGAAGAGAAGAGAAGAGAAGAGAAGAGAAAAAAAGAGCAUCCUUCCACCACCAUCCUUACGCAUCCAGCGUCAGCUCAAUCAAGCUUCGACACGCAGGAACCGGAAAAUAGGCGAGGGUUGACUAUCGUCCUUCUCAUCCUCCUCGCGUCUGCUGCCCGCUGCCGUCUCAUCGACCACUGCCAGCGCUGGAGCAAUCCAAAGGGGAAGAGGUUUGACGACAACGGUCGUCCUAAAAAAAAUCAGCAGACAUGGAGAUUGUCACUCAUCUAAUCGACGAGACGCUAGAAUUCUACAAAUGGACCUUAACCAUUGCAGACAAGCGCGUGGAGAAAUGGCCCCUGAUGGACAACCCGCUGCCCACUCUAGCCAUCAGUGCAUCCUACCUGCUCUUCCUCUGGCUGGGGCCCAAAUACAUGAAGAACAGGGAGCCCUUCCAGCUUCGCAAAACACUCAUUGUCUACAACUUCAGUAUGGUCUUCCUCAACUUCUUCAUCUUCAAAGAGCUGUUCAUGGCAGCCAGGGCAGCCAGCUACAGCUACAUCUGUCAACGGGUGGACUACUCCGAUGACCCCAAUGAAGUCAGGGUGGCAGGGGCCUUGUGGUGGUAUUUCGUCUCCAAAGGCGUCGAGUACCUGGACACGGUGUUUUUCAUCCUGAGGAAAAAGUUCCGGCAGGUCACCUUUCUGCACGUCUACCACCACUGCACCAUGUUCACGCUCUGGUGGAUCGGCAUCAAAUGGGUGGCUGGAGGGCAGUCCUUUUUUGGCGCACACAUGAACGCGGCAAUCCAUGUGUUGAUGUACCUCUACUAUGGGCUGGCUUCCUGUGGUCCGAAGAUUCAAAAGUACCUGUGGUGGAAAAAGUACCUGACCAUCGUCCAGAUGAUUCAGUUCCACGUCACCAUCGGCCACACGGCUUUGUCGCUCUACGUCAACUGCGACUUCCCCCACUGGAUGCACUACUCCCUCAUCUGCUACGCCGUCACCUUCAUCGUCCUCUUCGGCAACUUCUACUACCAGACCUACCGGCGCCAGCAGCCCAGGCGGGCCGACGCCUCCUCCAAGGCAGGCCGGGCCGUCUCAAACGGGGCCCUCAACGGACUCGGCAAUGGUGCGGCGGCGGCGGCGAGCAAAGAUGACAAGCCGCAGGAAAACACCAGCAGGAGAAAGAGGAAAGGAAGAGCAAAAAGAGAUUAGAGGACGCUGAGGGAAGCUCCAUCUGCAGAAGACCUUCUUUGAGCUCAUCAGCUCAAUGUGUUCAUAUCAAGACGCGAUGAAAGGAGCUUGUGGUGAGCCAAUGUUGUUUAGCCAGGAACACAUGCAAAGGUCAAAUUGGGCAAAAUACACUCGCGUCAGAUCCAAGGUGUUUCGGAUGGGGGGGAAAUCCCUUUCUUUCUUUCUUUCUUUCUUUCUUUCUUUCUGUCUUUCUUUCUUUCUUUCUUUC